GCGGCUGGGUGCCGUCUGCCCUUGUGGUCCGCUGUACUUGGAUGAAUCAGUCGACGUUUAACGCGCUUUGCGAAAUGUUUGGGCUUUUGUUGCGGAACGCUAACUUUAGCUAGGCUACUAGCCGCUUGUCAUAUUUCAGGAUUCCUUUUAUCGAUGAGAAGGAGUGUUCGAGUGCCAACGCUUGUCCUGACAAAUAGUUUUUUUUCUUCCCCAGAUUAUCCUUAACAUAUUAGGACCGGAUCUUGCUAACGUGUACUGUGGAGAGACGCUAUCUUAACUUAGGAUAAAUGGCUACCGAGCAAGUCAUCAACUUGUGACUCUCUCGUUAGUCACAUCGUUGGCCAACAACUGGGCAAGCUAGCGCAGAAAUUGUUGUAUUCAUUAUAUUGUAUAACAACGAACCCGAACGAAGUAAAAUUACACAUCUAAACUUGCCGUUUUGAAUUUUGGUAAUAUGAAAGAGCCACAGUCGGAUGGAUUGGGAUUUGUUCCACAAAAAGACAUUGUAUAUAACAAACUUCUGCCUUAUGCGGAUAAACUCGAUGAAGAAUCUAAUGAUAUUUUGAGUAAAAUCAAGGGGAACUUGGCCCGCGCUGUUCAGUUUAGAGAAAUAUGGCCCGGUGUGCUGUUUUGGACGAGGAAACUUUCCACGUAUAUACGUCUAUAUGGCCGGAAGUUCAGCAAAGAAGACCACGUGCUAUUCAUCAAGUUGCUGUACGAGCUAGUCACCGUCCCUCGUCUAGAGAUCAGCAUGAUGCAAGGCCUGGCUCGCCUCCUUAUCAAACUGCUCAAGAAAAGAGAGCUUCUCUCAAGGGAGGACCUGGAAUUGCCUUGGAGGCCUCUGUAUGAACUGCAUGACAGGAUACUUUUCUCCAAGACCGAGCAUCUGGGCCUCAAUUGGUUUCCCAACUCUGUAGAAGGUGUGUUGAAGACACUUGUGAAAAGUUGCAGACCGUAUUUUCCAGAGUCUGCAACCCAGGAGAUGCUGGAUGAGUGGAGACCGCUAUUUUGCCCAUUUGACGUUACCAUGCAGAGAGCAAUUUGCUACUUUGAACUCUUUCUACCCACAACCGUACCUCCAGAGCUGCAUCAUAAGGGCUUCAAGUUGUGGUUUGAUGAGUUGAUCAAUUUGUGGGUAUCAGUGCAGAAUCUUCCAAGCUGGGAAUUGAAUCUGGUGAAUCUCUUUGCUCGCUUGGCCAAUGACAACAUUGGGUACAUUGACUGGGAUCCUUAUAUCCCGAAGAUUUUCACAAGAGUCUUGAGGAGUUUCAAUCUUCCAGUGGGGACCAGCCAGAUGAUGUUCCCGCGAUACUUGACCAAUGCCUACGACAUUGGCCAUGUGGUGCUAUGGAUAUCAUCUCUUCUGGUUUGUCCUUGGUCUUGCCAUUGUGGCAACCUCAGUCAAAAUAUCCAGAAGAAAAGACUGACCAUAUACUGUCAAUUUCAGGGUGGACCAAGUAAGCAAACUCAAGCACAGCUCACUGGACUUUUCAAAAGCAUCACAUCUUUUUUCCACCCAUCAAACCAUGGUCGUUGGUUGAUGAAGCUCAUGAAGUUGCUGCAGCGUCUCCCUGCCAGUGUUGUUCGCCGGCUGCAUCGAGAGCGCUACAGAAAGCCGUCUUGGCUAACACCGAUCCCAGACACUCACAAGCUCACAGAAGACGAUAUCACACACUUUGUGGAGAGUAUGAUGCAGCCAGUUCUUCUGGCCAUGUUCAGCAAAACAGGCAGUCUUGAUGCCGCUCAGGCUCUGCAGAACCUUGCUCUGAUGAGGCCUGAAAUAGUCAUUCCUCCGGUUCUAGAGAGAACAUACCCCGCACUGGAAACUCUAACAGAGCCCCAUCAGCUGACAGCCACCCUAAGCUGCAUGAUUGGUGUAGCACGAAGUUUAGUGUCUGGUGGGAAGCACCUUCCUGAUGGGCCGACUCACAUGUUACCCCUCCUCAUGAGGUCCCUGCCUGGAGUUGACCCAAAUGACUUCAGCAAGUGCAUGAUCACCUUCCAGUUUAUUGCUACAUUUGUAACUCUUGUGCCUUUGGUGGACUGUUCGUCUGCUCUACAUGAAAGAACAGACUUGACAGAGGUGGAACGUGAAUUGUGCUCGGCCUCUGCGGAAUUCGAAGACUUUGUCCUUCAAUUUAUGGACAGGUGCUUUGCCUUGAUCGACAGCAGCACUCUCGAACAAACCCGUGAGGAAACAGAAACGGAGAAAAUGACUCAUUUGGAGAGUUUGGUGGAACUCGGCUUGUCCUCUACUUUUAGCACUAUCCUCAUUCAGUGCUCCUUGGACAUCUUCAUGGUGGCGCUGGAAAAGGUUUUUAACUUUGCAACCACUAACAUUUUUGAGACACGUGUAGCUGGAAGGAUGGUGGCGGACAUGUGCCGGGCUGCUGCCAAGUGUCACCCCGCAGAGUCUCUUAAAGUUUUUGUCCCUCACUGCUGCAGUCAAAUACACCAAAUUGCUGCCAAUGAAGAAGUGUUACACGAAGAGGAACUUGACAAGGAGUUUUUAUGGAAUCUUCAGCUACUGUCUGAGGUUACUCGAGUUGAUGGUCACAAGCUCCUGGCUUAUUCCUCUGACUUGGUCCAGAUAUUGCAGUUGACCCUUCACCUCAAAUGUAAGCAGGGCUACAUCCUUUCUUGCAACUUACUGCAUCAUAUCCUCCGCUCCACUGCAUUCAUCUAUCCUACGGAGUACUGCAGUGUGCCAAGGGGCUUCUGCCAGCCAAUCACAGACUACCUGCCCAUCAAGGAUUGGGGUCGUCCUGGUGACUUGUGGAACUUGGACAUCCGGUGGCAUGUCCCCAGUGCUGAUGAGAUCACCUUUAGCUUUCAUUUACUGGGCACGAUCCUGAAGCCAGAACUGAAGAGGCUUCAAAGUUUUGCAGAAGGAGAACAAGAAAUGAGCAGGGAUGAUGUUUUGCAGAGUCUCACCAUUGUUCAACACUGCCUCUUGGGGGCUGGUGGUCUUAUGCCUCCCUUGAAAGGAGAACCUAUAUCUGAACUGGUCCAUAGUAUGGUGAAUCUAGACGAGACCACCUUGUAUACUGGAACAAAGUAUGAUGAGUCCACAGAGAAUUACAGAGAUUCCAUUUGUCAAGUGAUGAGACAGUUGCUUCAUUAUAUACUGGAAAACUCAGAAGAUGACACAAAGUCUCUGUUUUCCAUCAUCAAGAUUAUCAGUGAAUUGCUGCACUUCAAAGGUUCCCACAAACAUGAGUUUGACUCCCGCUGGAAGAGCUUCAACCUUGUGAAAAAAUCAAUGGAAAACAGGCUUCAUGGCAAAAAGCAGCAUAUCAGAGCUCUGCUCAUAGACAGAGUCAUGCUCCAGCACGAACUGCGCAAGCUGACCGUGGAGGGGUGUCAGUACAGGAGCAUUCACCAGGAGCUGAUGAGAGAUCUCUUGCGGCUGUCCACAAGCACCUACAGUCAAGUACGUAGCAAAGCUCAAAGUGUACUGUUCACUGCACUUGGCACCUAUAAUUUCUGCUCUAGAGAUGUGAUCCCCCACGUCCUUGAGUUUCUCAACCCAGACAACGGCAGCGUCACACAGCAGCAGUUCAAAGGUGCCUUGUAUUGUCUCCUGGGAAAUCAUAAUGGAGUGUGCCUGGCCAAUUUGCAUGACUGGGAGUGCAUUGCCCUGACCUGGCCUGCUAUUGUUCGAUCUGGCCUCAGUUCAGCCAUGUCUUUGGAGAAACCCUCCAUCGUGCGGCUCUUUGACGACCUUGCGGACAAAAUCCACCGCCAGUAUGAGACCAUUGGCAUUGAUUUCUCUAUCCCUGAAGAGACCUGCGGUGUGGCCAAACAGCUAAUGGUCACUGGAAAUCCCUUCCCUAAAGAACCUGUUCCUUCAGAAGAAGAAACAUCAAGAGGUGUUAAGAAGCAGGACCUCAAGAAUUUCGAGUCGGGCGAGAAGUAUCAGCGGCUCAUUGGUGAUUUACUGAACUGCCUUGGCAACAGAAAUUUGCCUUGGAAGUUUGAACAUAUCGCAAUUGGCUUCUUGUCAUUGCUCCUGAGAGAUGACCACCAACUCCCGCCAGCAGCUGUUUUGUUCUUCGUCAAAACCCUCAACCACGACUCACUCUAUGUCCGCAAGGUGGCAAUAUCAGCUGUCGCAGGCAUCAUGAAACAAAUAAAAAGGCCUCAUAAGAAAGUGCCCAUCAGCCCAUCUGAGCUUUGUGCACUUGAAGAGACGGGUCAUGGUAUAGUGGCCGGUGACCGCCCAGAUAACAAGUGGCUGCAGUAUAACAGCAAAAGCCUGCCAAGGACUCAGAAGGACUGGGAUCUCUGUGCUUUUGUGGAAAAGACUCAUUGGGGUUACUACAGCUGGCCAAGGAAACUGAUGAUGUAUGCUCCUGAGGAAGAGCAGCCCAAACAGAACCUACCAAGAGAGGAAAUGACAGAGCACGAGCAGAUCAUUUAUGACCAUUUCUCAGACCCAGUAUUUAUAAAUCAGUUCAUUGAGUUUCUCUCUCUCGAGGAUCGAAAGGGUAAAGACAAGUUUAGCACACGCAGAUUCUGCUUGUUCAAGGGUUUGUUCCGCAAUUUUAGCAACACCUUCCUGCCUCUGCUGCAGCCACACAUGGAGCGCUUGGUCGCAGACACCCAUGAGAGUAAGCAGCGUUGUGUUGCAGAGAUCAUAUCUGGACUAAUCAGAGGGUGCAAACAUUGGAGUUACCCAAAGGUUGAGAGCCUCUGGGAAGUGUUGUGCCCACUCCUUCGUACAGCUUUGUCCAACAUCACAGUAGAAACAUAUGCAGACUGGGGCACCUGCAUCGCCACUGCCUGCGAGAGUAGAGACCCUCGCAAACUUCAUUGGCUUUUUGAGAUGCUCAUGGAGUCUCCAGUCAAUGGGGAAGGAGGCUCAUUUGUUGAUGCAUGUCGCCUCUAUGUGCUGCAGGGAGGCCUUGCUCAGCAGGAGUGGCGUGUGCCAGAGCUCCUCCACAGAUUGUUGCAGUACCUGGAGCCCAAACUGACUCAGGUUUACAAAAAUGUACGGGAGCGGAUUGGAAGUGUACUGACCUACAUCUUCAUGAUAGAUGUCAACCUGCCUUACACUCAGCCAACCACCUCGCCUCGGAUCUCGGACUUCACGGACAGAAUUUUGUUACAGCUAAAGCCACUGACUGAGGGUGAUGAUGAGAUCCAAAAUCACGUGGUUGAGGAGAAUGAAGUGGGGGAGCAGGAUGAGAGAACACAAGCGAUCAAACUUCUCAAAACAGUGUUGAAGUGGCUGAUUGCAAGUGCGGGACGCUCUUACUCGACCGCUGUCCCGGAGCACCUACGCUUGCUCCCUCUCCUCUUCAAGAUUGCUCCAGUAGAGAAUGAUGAUAGUUAUGAUGAGCUGAAGAGGGAUGCGAAGACCUGCUUGUCUCUCAUGUCCCAGGGGCUCCUCUACACCGAGCAGAUUCCCAUGGUGCUUAAUGCCCUGCAAGAGAUUGCAGGGAGCAGCUCCUGGCACGCUCGAUAUACGGUGCUGACAUACCUGCAGAUCAUGGCCUUUUAUAACCUGUUCACCUUCAUGAGUGACCCGAAAGCAGUGGAUGACGUGCGAGCGCUGGUCAUAAAACUGCUGGAGGACGAGCAGCUGGAGGUAAGAGAAAUGGCUGCCACCACACUCAGUGGCUUCCUCCAGUGCAAUUUCUUGUGCAUGGACGCCCCCAUGCAGGCUCACUUUGAGGCUCUGUGCAAGACCCGCCUGCCUAAAAAGAGAAAGAGGGGUGUUGGUUCACUAGUGGACACUAUACCUUCUGGAGACCUAGUACGGCGUCAUGCUGGUGUUCUUGGGCUGAGUGCUUGCAUUCUCUCCAGCCCAUAUGACGUGCCCACCUGGAUGCCCCAAUUAUUAAUGGACCUCAGUGCCCACCUCAAUGAUACCCAACCCAUUGAAAUGACUGUGAAGAAAACCCUGUCCAACUUUCGGAGGACGCAUCACGACAACUGGCAACAGCAUAAGCAGCAGUUCACAGAUGACCAGUUGUUGGUGCUUACAGACCUCCUGGUGUCGCCGUGCUACUAUGCGUAAAACCUGACUCUACGUCCAGGCCAACCUGCAUUGAGGACGUAACUGCAUUUACUCAACACCGGGGAAGUGGCACACAAAACUGUGUGAAAUGUUUUGUAUUAUCUAUGUAGCUCAUUUACAUUUCUUCUAUACUUAAUAUUUAAGGAUCAAUCAUGGCAGGGAUGAAUGACCUGCAGGGUGUAACAUUUCUGUACAGUUUUUUUUUUCUCGUUUUUUUUGAUCGAGAUUGUGCACUCUUAAAAACGUGUGGCGUGCCGGAUAAAUUUCUCAGGAUCACAUCCCAAGAAUCAACUCUGAGCCAACACGAUGUCCCCGGUAUAGGACAUGGUCUCUGAUGAUCAUCUUCCUCAAGUGGAGCAUAUGUUUUGACCUGCAGGAAGUUGUCAAUGGAACUCUUUGGAUUAGACAAACACAAAAUUUGUAUGGCUGUUUGAUCGAGUGUGUGUGCGCGUGCGCGCGCGUCAUGCUUUAGCUACGAUGUGCAGACAUAUUUAUUUAUUUAUAAAAUUAAGGAAGUGCUGCAUUCAUUUUUUUUCCCUAGCAAGUAUUUCAGCAGAUGUAGUAGGUGGGUGUGAUUAUUUUAUUUUUUUGUGGAAAGCACUAGAGCCUAUUUUUAUCUACUCUUGCAAAGUCAAGGGAGAGGGUAGACUCCCCAAUGCGGUGCUGUCAUGUUUGUUUUGUGAAGACCCGAACACUUUUCAGGGUUCUCCAGUGUAAAACGCUAUCCACUAAACCGAUCCAUAAUUUCAAAUAAUGAUUGAGCCCCUGCAUCCCCCAGAACUUGCCGGAUUGUUUUGCUCAGUUUGUUUCUGCUUGAUGACUUGAAAUGAGUCCUAACAUUGAAGCAUUUAGUACCUCACCUUUGUAUAGUGUAGUGCCAAAUUUGCAGUGACCUUUUUUUGUAGAUGUACUGUUUGCCUAUUCUAUGAUAUCAUGUAUGAAUAAAUUGUUUCUAAACUAUA